CUCUCUCUCUCUCUCCUCUUUUCCUCUCCCUCUCAAACACACACACUCGUCAGGUCCACACUCGACUCUCUGUCUGCAUUGGUGGACUUUUGGAAGCUUCACAGAGGAGAUAUAUCUUUCUUCAGAAGCUGAUGUUUUAUAAACAGAGGAGUGUGGGGUGUGUAAUGUGAGCUGAGUAGCAGGAAGUGUGAUGAGGGUUGUGUGGGUGUGACAGAGAGACAGAAGAAGACAAAAUGAAUCCUGUGAGAAAGGACAUGGAGCUUCUGAGCAACAGCAUGGCCACCUACGCUCACAUUACAGAGAACACCGAGAGCUUUGCGCUGUACUUCAUGCUGGGUGUCUGCUUCGGGCUGCUCCUGGCUCUGACGCUCCUCAUCCUGGGCUUCGCUUGCAGGCCCAGAAGAAACGCUGUGAAGAAAACUUCAUCUCCGGACCAAAAACAUCUCAAAGUGUCUGACGAAGAAGGUGCGCAGGAACGACUGGACAAGAGCGACGAUGAAGGAGAGGAAGCGUUUCCUGAUGUGACCGUGAACGAGCAGAACCAAGUCAACGGGACCACCACGGACGUGAACGUGUUCUCCUCGGCCGACGAGCUGGAGAGAGCUCGGCGUUUAGAGGAGAGAGAACGCAUCGUCAGAGAAAUCUGGAGAAACGGACAGCCGGAUAUCUUAUCCGCAGGGACUGGGACGCUGGGGCGUGUGCACUAUCACUAGCUAAAGAUGUAUUCCAGAUCAUUUACUGUAAUCCACCAGAAUCUUUGCACUUCACUGGAACUGACACACGGUGAGAAAAGUUCAGUAUUUACAAUAUUUUCUACACAUUUAUGAAUAAACCUUUAUAUAAACGA